AUGUUUGAGAUUCCUGAUGGCUUCUUUGGUUAUCGCAAGCGUUUCCCUUCUACCUCUGCUAACGCGCCAGAUCCACCGUUCUUGUGUCCCCAAUCUGCGCUCCAGCCUUCUCAAUCUCCCUCUUCGUCUUCAAUCGACCCUGUUUCGCCCUAUUCCACUUCAGAACCUGCGAGUUUAGUCCCAUUAUCCCAUCCCGUGGACGAACCAAUUAUACCCUCUGAUCCAUGCCCAGUCGUUUUCUCUCCAUCGUCAGUCUCUACUGACACUGCUACCUGUGUUAUCCAGAAUCCAUUACAUUCUAUAUCAGAUUUAUCUCUUUCAAUAAUAGACCCACAGGAGACUAAAGAAGAAUCGAGUUUAUGCUUCCGGUUUCCAUCAGCCCUUACUGAGAUAGCGUCAACUGCCGAAUCUAAACAACAAGCCAGUUCUAUUGAUGAAGCCAAUUCUCUUCCUCCCAUUACCGACCCUGUGUUUGCUCAAGUGAAUGCCACUACUUCAUGUUCUCCUUCGACGUCUUCAGACGAUAUCACUAAUUCUAACUGUAUCGUUACUCCUUUGAUUGCCACCAGCGCCAAUUCGACAACAUCAAGUUCUAGAAGUGUUUCUAAAUGUUCUCGAAGAAGCCAAGGCAAGCGAAAGCUGACCAAGUAA